AUGCGAGCUAUUGGUCUUGCUAUAGCGGCUACCAGUAACUUGGCUGUACGACUGAUGCUUCCGGUACGGUUCUCUUCUACUGUUGCAUCAGGAACUUGUAGUGCGAAGCGAUGGUUGGAGCAAUUAUGUUGGCGAAAUAUACCAAACACAAUAUAUAAAACGCAGUACGAUAGGUCUAGUGGUCCGGGUGGCCAGAAUGUGAAUAAGGUUAACAGCAAGUGUACUUUGACUAUUAAUGACUUUUCUAAAUGUAGCUGGUUUCCUAUAGAAAUUCGUCAACAAGUUAUCGAAAAGAACUUAAGAUACUACGCUAAGAAGCAAGAUAAGUUAGUUGUUCAGAGUGAUAGCUGCAGGUCGCGGGAACGUAAUAAGGAAGAGUGCUUGAAACGACUAGCUGAAGAGGUUCGGAAUAUUGUGUUCUUCGCUGAGCCUGUUUCUGAGGCGACUACGAAGAAAUGGGAAAAGAUACGUAGUCAGGCCGACAAGGAACGGAUGCUUCAGAAGAAGAGGAGAAGUGAUAAAAAGAGUUCCAGGUCUCGGGAUUGGAAUAGUUGGGAAUGA